GAAUCACACAAAGACCUGCAGCUCUCCCUGAGGCUGCAGUCUGCCUCUCAAACCCCGAUUCCUUCCCAGGAAAGAGAACCCAACCCCAGGCCGGCUCCGCCCCGGGCUGACUCAUCGCGGUCAGUUCCCGGCUCCGUGCGUCAGCCCGGGCAAGGGAUAAAAGAGAGAGGGCGGACCAGGGAAGCUCCAGUACAGCGGCUCUCGGAGCUAGCAGCACUGACUGCGGGAUUAAUCAUGAGUGGCUUGAAAGAUUUAUGCGACUUGGUGUCCGGGUUGAGCUUCUUGCACACGGACACUCCGAGCUCCCUGCAGCCGCCUGCCCCGGACCGCAGGGCGGUGAGACCCCCGGCCGGCUUCCGCCGUCACUCCACGGGCCCGGUGCUGCCGGCGGGGGCUCCGUGCUGGGCCGAGGAUCCUCGGCACCGCCGCCGCCACCGAGUGCCGCCGGGCCUGAGCCGCUGCCUGAGCCACGGCGACUCGCUGGAGGAGGAGCAGGAGGAGGCCCCGCGGGGCCUGGCCGGGCCUGGGCCUGGAGUACAGCAGCCGAGCGCCCGCUACAAGACGGAGCUGUGCCGGCCUUUCCAGGAGAGCGGCCUGUGCCGGUACGGGGACAAGUGUCAGUUCGCCCACGGCCUCGGGGAGCUGCGGAUCGUCAGCCGCCACCCCAAGUACAAGACCGAGCUGUGCCGGACCUUCCACUCGAGCGGCUUCUGCCCGUACGGCUCCCGCUGUCACUUCAUCCACCACCCGGCCGAGGAGAGGCCUAGCCGGCCCCGCCUCCAGCAGAGCACCAGCUUCUCCGGCUUCCCCACCACCACCACCACCUCCUCCACCUCCCCGGGGCCUGAGCUGCCGGACUGGGACUCCCUCCGGGCGGCUGUCAGCCACGAGUUCGCCCGGGUCAUGGGGCUGAGCUGCUGCUGCAGCAGCCGGGCCGGGGCCUGCCCCAAGGCCUGGGCCUCUACCUCCUCCACCUCCCAGCACCGCUCCCCGGAGCUCACCCUCACCCUCACCCCCGGCUCCGGCUCCUUCCGCAGCCCCUACCCCGACUCCCUGAGCGACAACGAGGAGUUCAGCAGCAGCGGCGGCAGCAGCGGCUCCGAGUCCCCGGUCUUCGACCACCAGGCCCGGCGCCUCCCGAUCUUCAGCAGGAUCUCGGUGUCUGAGGAUUGAGGAGAAGGGGAGACAGAGCUGACCCAGGCACAGGCCGGGGUUCACACUGAGGGAGAAGGCAAUACCCCACCCACACUCACCCUCUGCCCCACAACCCCCUCACCCUCUGCCCCACAACCCCCUCACCCUCUGCCCCACAACCCCCUCACCUUCCCCUUCUCACUCCUCUUUCUCUACCCCUCUCCCCCACUGUCUCCUCUUUCCCCAUCUUUUCUCCCCCUCUUUCCUCUUUUCCCCCUUCUCUCCCCUUUCCUCUCCCUUUUCCCCCAUCCUUCUCCUUUCCUUUUCCUUCUCCUUUCCUCCUCCUUUCCUUUCCUCUCCCUUCCCUUCCCUUCCCUUCCCCCCCUUCAUUCUCUCCUUCCCCUUUCCCCCUCUCUCCUACCCCCUUCUUUCCCUCUUACCAUCCCUCUUUUCCCCCCCCCUUCAUUCCUCCCUCCUCUCUCUCUCUCUCCUUUCCCCACCCCACUUUUUUCUUUUUUUUCACCCUGCUCCCUUCCUCACCCCCAUACCUCUUUCCCCCCCCGCCCCUCUCCUGUUCAAAACAAAAACCCCAAUCUCUGGUUUGAUGUGAAGUCUUCAACCCUGUGGGACUGCCAGGACACUUGCCUGGAGAGUGGGAAACCCUGACUUGACUUUCUGGCUGCGAAAGAAUGUAUAAUUCUGCAGGUGGAGCAAAACUGUGAACCAAUUCUCCAUAGAAAAAUGCACAGAUUUCGAAUUGUCUUGCAGUGACUGAUCUGUCAGGGAACAUGUUUGUUUUCAAACACCCUCUUUACAAAAAAGAACUUUUUAAAUCUACCUGUAACAAGUAUUUUUUACAAUUUCUAAAGCUGUUUACUGCACAAUAUAUAGAUUUUAUUUAAUUAUUUAUUACCCAGAUUAUUGGAAUGUUUGUAUAUUUAAUGAUAUAGCAAUAUAUUUUAUUAUAAUUUAUCUUUUUAAACCAAAUAAACAUCAAGUUCUAA